AUGAUUCAGAUACAACAACAUGUUGAUGCGAGGGAUAUCAUUACUCUCAGAAAAUCUUGCAAAGGAUUACAUGCUGCUACGCAACAGCGCACUGUGUGGCUGAAUGCGCUCCGGCGGAUGUGUUGGCGACAUGGGGUAUUUGCACCGUCGUUUCCUUUGGAGUACAUGUCUAUCAAAGAGCUAGAGCAUGCAUCUCUGGCGCCCUCCAGAAUCUCGUCACUCAUCCAUAAAGGUGCCCUUCGUUCUUUCGUAACGCGGAUUCUUGAACCCCGCACACCGUCCAUCGUCAGUAAUGUCAAAACGGACUUAAAGUGCGAGAGCACCUUUCUCAUUCCCGGAGGCCGCUUCUUAGUUGUCAACUCCUAUUGUCACGGUAUAUGUCUAUGGGAUCUGGGUAUACAUGCUGGGAAGGUGCCAGAGUUCUCACCUGUAGAUGUCAUUCAACAGGCGGGUUAUGAGUUUUUGUGCACUGGCCCAACGCGAGACGGUCUUGGUAUCGUAAUCGUCUCAUAUUUGAAGCGUUGGGAUGACAGGACACUCGUCGCUCACGAGAUCUAUCCCUGUACUAGCAACCCAAAAUUUGCCUGUCUAGGAUCGAUCAAAUACCCUAACAGAAUUGACGACAUCGACAUACCAGCCUUAUCUGGCGAGCUUUUGGUUUUCAAAGGUUCACCGUCUUGCAUUGUCGUUUGGAACAUAAGUCUUGGUGCCGCGGUUGCGUGGAGUUAUUCGGAGUCUAUAUAUGAUAAUAUAUUAAUCUCUGGUGAUAGUAUCAUUCUAGUUCAAGAGUUCAAAUUGUCCGUCUGGGAUAUACCCCCGUUGCUGCCACUUUCGAAAGGCGAUUGCAAAAUUGUUACGCACUCCCCAAAGUACGAAGUCACCCAUCCUUUCUCAUCAAAAGGGUGGUGGACUUCAUCAGUUUUGAGUCCUUGGUUCUCAAGAAUCAAUACCCCCAUCUUAUUUGUAAUCUUUGGGGAAAACGACGACCAGCCUAUCAUGGUGUGCUACACUCUAAUAUCAAUCACUUCAUCCAUGGACCCUACUUUACCGAUGGUUCUUCCCAUCAAGACAGGAACAGCGCUCGGCUUGCCUGCAGAGGCGAUCAUCCCUACUGAUAUUGAUAUUUGCGGAUGCCUGCAAUAUUGUGAAAAUGAACUCUGCCGCAUAUCGCUAUCAGGGACUCAGCUGAUGAUUAGCUUGGUCACGCCUCCAACGUCGUUGAACGACGUCCCUCCAAUCACUUCCAACCUGUUCAACUGCCGAUCGGAUCCCCUAAGUUGCAGUUUCUGUGCAGUUUCAGGCCGAGUCGUUGUUGUCGAAGCUGGGUGUGAGGAUAUCCGCAUCAUGGACUAUCUCGCCCCGCCCCCUUCAUAG